CUUGAUACGUAAGCGCUGGCUGGCACUGUGCAGGCGUCGCGCAUGCGCGUUCACGUCACGUGAGGCUUUGCUUUCUUAAAGGGGCAGAAGUGACAGCAACAUCGCUCCUAUAAUAAUGUCCCGUGCUGUCCGGGAUCAGUAUGAUCGGAGGUAUCACGUGACCGAGACCCGGACUAAUCCCAAGGGGUAUACAGAAUACAAGGUCACUGCUGAAUUUAUAUCAAAGAAGAACCCUCAGGAUGUUAAAGAGAUUGUGGUUUGGAAACGCUACAGUGAUUUUAAGAAACUUCAUGGAGAACUCUCAUAUACGCAUAGAAAUCUCUUCCAGCGCACUCAGGAAUUCCCUCCAUUUCCCCGUGCUCAGGUUUUUGGACGUUUUGAAGCUCCUGUUAUAGAGGAACGGAGGCAAGCUGCAGAAGAUAUGCUGAGGUUCACAGUAAACAUCACCGCCCUCAAUAAUAGUCCACAACUAAAGGAGUUCUUCAGGGCAGCAGAAGUUGCAAUGCGAUCAGAUGGUCCGGACUCGGGGGAUACAGUAGUGUUGCCUCCACCUUUAAUCCCAGAACCAGUAAGAAGCUCUUCUAUAGAAAUAAAAGAAGAGUUCGACAGCUUUGAUGAGACAGAGACACCAGUGUUGUCUGAAGUCAAUGAAACCAUCAGUAGGGCUGAACCAAGUCAGUUUGAUUUACUGUUUGAGCUGACUGAAGAUUUGGACCAGACAAGAGAGGAAGAGACAACAAAUGCAAUUCCAGCUCCAAAAACAUUGGCUCCUAAUGACCUGGCACUCUUUGACCCUUGCUAUGCAGAAGAUGGUGGAUCGCUAGAGACCGAGUCCUCUUUGAACCUGCUGUCUUUGCGGUGUGAAGUAGAGGAGCUGACUCCUGCCCUCCCGAUCACUGAAGAAGACGGAGCAUUGUAUCUUUCACAAGCGACCGCUGAAGUCCAGAAGGCAAUGGAGAGCGAGUCAGCUGGAGACUACCCAGAAGCCUUCAGACUCUUCAGGAAUGCUGUGGACAUUUUGUUAAAAGGAGUAAAAGAUGACCACCGUCCUGACAGACGAGAUGCUGUGAGAUGCAGAACAGCUGAAUAUCUUCAUCACGCAGAACAAAUUUUUCAGGAUCACAUGGGUGGAAACACUAAGUGACUUGUGCUAGUACAGAAGAGAUAAUAUAUAUAUAUUAAGAGAAGAAAAUGGUGCACUUUCUAUCGUGAACCGAGUGCUUCCAAUACUAUUUUAUUUUCUUCCUCAGUUGCCCGCCCAUCACCAUUGAAAACCUCUUGGACACUUCUCCUACCGUCUGCAUGCUUUUGGGCUUGGACAUUUAUUUCAUAGGAAUGUUACCUGGUGAUACUUGUUUGCGUCAUAACUGGAACAGAAAAUCCUGUUUAAAGUGUCUGAAACCAAAUGAAAAAAGCACAAUAUGCGUUUUUUACAUUCCCACAGGGGGACUAAAAUCUAAUAUUAUUAUAUUUCAUUUUUUUAUUUUAUGUUUUUUAAGAGAAGCAUGAGGGAUCUGACUUCAUAUGAGGGGGUGUAACAAUGUAUCACAGCCUUAUUGUAGAUGGAAAAUCAUCAGUUCAUAUGGAUUCUCUGUUUCAUGUGAUCUCUUUAGCUUCUAGAAGUUUCUGCUAAAAUUACAUUUCUUGAUGGCCAAGACAUUUUUUGACCGCCCAGAACAAUUCAUAUAAGACAAUUUAAAUCUGCCAUGUUAAUAUCCAACGCACUUGUAAAUGUGUACAUUUUGCACAAAUACAUAUUUAAAGAAAAUUUUUAAAAACUCUUAUGCCUCAACCUGUGAAGAGAAUUUACCCCAACAUAAUAUAAUAAAUGUUCUGGUUAUUUCAGCAUUGAUUGCUAAUUACUAUGGGCAAUGUGAAUUUGUUCUGAAGUUACAAUGCUUUCAACUUGCAAUGUUCAUCCCAGACCAUUACUCUAUGGGAACCUAGUCAAUGACAAAAGAAAAAGAAAGCAGAAACCUAAUACAUAUAAAAACAAAUUAGCUGCUGGAAGCUGCAAUCACUUGUAGAGGACAGAAACAACUUUAGGGUUUACAAUACACAUUGUGGAUCAAAAAAAUAUAGAAGUCCAACACAGUAGAAAAAGAGUCCGGCACUGCUGCUAAUACUAGCAUCCAUUAGCUAGACGGUAAUGGCUACACCAUUUGGGACAUAGACUGGGGUGCAUUCCACAGAAAUCA